CAGGAAGUCGAUCAGCUUCCGACUUCCUCCUUCUGCUGAAGAGCAAGUCAAAGCUGCUACUGCAAUGGCAAAGCUAAUUCUGCUGUGGCUGAAAUGUGUUGUUUUAUGGGCCAUUGUCGAGGCUGUGUUUGAGGAUCAAGUGGGAAAAUUUGACUGGAGGCAGCAAUAUGUAGGCAAGGUUCGCUUUUCUCAUUUCGACACACACGUGCAAUCAUCCAAAAAGGUGCUCGUGGCAACAGAGAGGAAUGUUUUUGCUGCACUCAACACCAGGACCGGAGAGCUUUUCUGGCGACAUGUGGAUAAGACUGGCUCAGAAGGAAACAUCGACGCUCUUCUGCAACAUGGACAAGAUGCGGUGCUCGUGGUCGGUAAUGGCCGCUUGCUGCGCUCCUGGGAGAUCAAUGUUGGUGGUUUGAACUGGGAAGUCGUGCUCGACUCUGGCAGUUUCCAGUCAGCGUGCUUAGUUGGACAGCAAGACAUGGUGAAACACGUGGCUGUUCUGAAGAAAACUGCCAUCUCUGUCCAUUAUCUGUCUAAUGGACAUCAGAAAUGGAUCGAGAAUCUACCGGAAACUGAAACCGUAGAUUACCAGGCUGUAUACUCUGAUGGAAAUGGUGAAGUUUAUGUGUUGGGAGUUGUUCCUCAUUCCCACAUUGCUAUUGUUGUGUAUAGUAUGGAGGAUGGAGAGAUAAUCAAGCAGAUGUCAGUGGAAGCUCCGUGGCUGUACAACAUUCAGGCCAGCUGUGUGGUUGUUGGCCAGGGGAUGUUGACAUGUGUAGACUCUGCAGGUGUGUCUUUUUACAUGCUUGACUUACACCUACAGCUUCAGAUGACCCAGGUUCCCCUGCAGUCUCUAGCACUUGAAGUAGACCCGGGCUUUCAUCCAGUUCUGUUGUCACAUCAGCCCAAUCCGGCCCGUCAGCCGCUGUCAGAGUUCUUCCUUCAGCUCGGGCCUGAUCACUACCAGCUUCUUCAGCUCAACAACGGUCAGAUAGCUGCAAUGAGGGACUUCAAACCGGCCUUGCUGGUUUCAUUUGCGACCACUGGAGAGAAGACUGUGGCUGCCGUCAUGUCGCCCAAGAAUAAAACUGCUUGCAGCGUUAACCUCUUUAGCGCUGAAACUGGACGCAGACUUCUCGAUACGACGCUGAUUGUUAAUAUGGAUCCUAACGGUGGGAAACCAGAGAAGCUCUAUGUGCAGGCGUUCUUGAAGAAAGAUGACUCUGUCGGCUACAGGGCCAUGGUGCAGACAGAAGACCACACGCUCACGUUCAUACAGCAGCCAGGGCGUGUAAUGUGGACAAGAGAGGAGGCCCUGUCAGACGUGGUGACAAUGGAAAUGGUGGAUCUGCCCCUGACUGGAACGCAGGCGGAGCUGGAGGGAGAGUUCGGCAAAAAGGCCGACGGGCUGAUGUCCAUGGUGAUGAAGAGGCUCUCCUCUCAACUCAUCCUGCUGCAGGCCUGGAUCGGCCAUCUAUGGAAGCUCUUCUACGAUGCUCGCAAACCCCGCAGUCAAGUAAAAAACGACGUCACCAUCGAGAACCUGUCCAGAGAUGAGUUUAACUUGCAGAAGAUGAUGGUUAUGGUUACAGCGUCUGGGAAGCUCUUUGGGAUUGACAGUAAGACGGGCGGUAUUUUAUGGAGGCACUACCUGCACAAUGUCCCGCCAAAUGCAGCUUUUAAACUGAUGGUGCAACGAACGACUGCACACUUCCCUCAUCCCCCGCAGUGCACGCUGCUCAUCAAAGACAAGGACACAGGUCUGGGUACGCUACAUGUGUUUAACCCCAUCUUUGGAAAGAAAAGUCACGUCACGCCACCCGCUCUACCUCAGCCGAUCCUUCAGUCCCUCAUGCUGCCUCUCAUGGACCAGGAUUACGCAAAGGUCCUGCUUCUCGUUGAUGACCAGUACAAGGUGUCUGCCUUUCCUUCUACGAAGAACGUCCUGCAGCAGCUCCAGGAGAUGGCCGCCUCCAUCUUCUUCUAUCUGGUCGAUUCCAGUCAGGGCAGACUUUCUGGUUACAGACUGAGAACGGAUUUGUCAACUGAGCAGAUCUGGGAGGUCAUCAUUCCACCAGAGGUACAGAAGAUUGUCUCUGUCAAAGGGAAACGGCCCAACGAGCAUGUGCACUCCCAGGGCAGAGUGAUGGGAGAUCGUAGCGUCCUCUAUAAGUACCUGAACCCCAACCUCCUGGCUGUGGUGACCGAGAGCACAGAUUUGCACCAAGAGAGGAGCUUCAUUGGGAUCCUCCUGAUCGACGGCGUCACCGGUCGCAUCAUUCAUGAAGCCAUCCAGAGGAAAGCCAGGGGGCCGGUGCACGUUGUGCACUCUGAAAACUGGGUGGUGUAUGAAUACUGGAGCACCAAGUCUCGCAGGAAUGAGUUCUCUGUGAUUGAACUGUAUGAAGGAAUGGAGCUCUACAACAGCACCGUGUUCAGCUCCCUGGAUCGGCCGCAUGCUCCUCAGGUGCUCCAGCAGUCCUACAUUUUCCCCUCGUCCAUCUCCACCAUGGAGGCCACCCUGACGGAGAAAGGCAUCACCAGCCGCCAUCUGCUCAUUGGUUUGCCGUCUGGAGGGAUUCUGUCGUUACCAAAGAUGUUCCUCGACCCACGCAGACCAGAAAUAGUAUCUGAGCAAAGCCGUGAAGAGAACCUGAUACCGUACGCUCCAGAGCUACUGAUCCGUACGGAGUGGUUCAUCAACUACAACCAGACGGUAUCAAGAGUACGAGGAAUUUACACUGCACCCUCUGGACUGGAGUCGACCUGCCUGGUGGUGGCGUACGGUCUGGACAUCUACCAGACACGCGUUUAUCCCUCCAAGCAGUUCGACGUGCUGAAAGACGACUACGACUACAUGCUGAUCAGCAGCGUACUUUUUGCCCUUUUCUUUGCCACCAUGAUCAGCAAGCGCCUGGCAGAAGUCAAGCUGCUCAACCGGGCCUGGCGGUAAACCGACGGUAAGAAUCCGGCAUCCGACAGCCCCACGGCUGCACGAAGGACCUCAGCCCGAGGAGGUGAGGUGGCUGAGGCCGAACCUGUAGAAGAACACAGGUCAACGUUCAAUAAGGCCCGUAAGGAACUGCUGGGGUGAGGGGGGGAGAGCAGGGGGUUAGUAAAGGUUUUACGUGUUUUUUAACUUAUUUUGGAAAAAACAAGAAAUGAUUUCCUAGUAGAAUAACUGUUCUUUUGUGCCACAUCAUUUUUGAUUAAAUGUUAACACAUAACUAACUAUAAAUGAACGAAACAGACUUGAAUUUAUGGACCUGUGGAGUUUGGAAAUUCCUACACGUGUGGAAGUUAGCGUCUUAAGUCAUUUUAGUUUUCCCAAGAUUACUUUUGAGAAUCAUCAGACCGAUCUAACGGCGAGUGAAGCUAAAUGUGGAGGUCAAAGAAAAGAAAUAGAUCUAUGUGAGCGUGAUAUGGUGGAAUGGUUUGUAAUUCUAGCCUGCUGAAUCACUCACUGAUACUAAAAUGCCAUUUUGAUUCGAUGGCGAACGAACUGUGAAUAUGAAACGUGAGCUGAUAAUGUAGCACGGACAAUGACUGGUAAUCUGGGCUUUUCUGAAGACUCUCCCACCGAAGGCACCGUCGCACCGUUUUCUCCAUUCUGUGCUUGAACAAGGAAAAUGACCAACAGCAGCUUUCAUUUCAUGUGCCCCAGUCGUCCUGCAGCUCAUACGUCCGUGAGCAGUUUUGAUCCAUCGGCUGCUGUUGAUGCUCCAUUAAAAGAUCUCUCACAA